ACCAGGAGGCUCAGAGCUUGCCAGACAAACUGUUUUCAUGGUCACACAUGAUAAUCUUAAGCCUGAAUGUUUAACACCUUGAUGGGAAAGGUGUCCCAUGGAAUGUUUUCUCAUCCUUUGAACACUCUUUAUUUCAGAAGCUUUGCUUCUGCUGCAACCAAACAUGUCACUUAGCGUUCUGAGUAGGAAAGAGAAAGAAAAAGCAAUUCGCAGACUCUUAAUACAGGCUCCUCCAGGGGAAUUUGUAAAUGCCUUUGAUGAUCUCUGUCUGCUUAUCCGUGAUGAAAAACUUAUGCACCAUCAAGGUGAAUGCGCAGGCCACCAACACUGCCAAAAAUAUUCUGUACCACUCAGCAUCGAUGGAAAUGCCGUUCUCCUGUCUCACCACAAUGUAGUGGGUGACUACCGAUUUUUUGACUACCAAAGCAAACUUUCUUUCAAAUUCGAUCUGCUUCAAAACCAGUUAAAAGAUAUCCAAAGUCACGGCAUCAUUCGGAAUGAGACGGAGUACCUGAGGACUGUUGUGCUGUGUGCCUUGAAACUGUAUGUGAAUGAUCACUAUCCAAAAGGAAACUGCAACGUGCUGAGAAAAACAGUGAAGAAUAAGGAAUUCUUGAUUGCUUGCAUUGAAGAUCACAGCUACAAUUCAGAUUUCUGGAAUGGUCUUUGGAAAUCAAAAUGGAUUUUCCAAAUAAAUCCAUUUCUAACCCAAGUAACAGGAAGAAUUUUUGUACAAGCUCACUUCUUCAGGUGUGUCAACCUUCAUGUUGAAAUCUCCAAGGACUUGAAAGAAAGCUUGGAAGUAGUCAAUCAAGCUCAAUUGGCUCUAAAUUUCGCAAGGCUUGUGGAAGAGCAAGAAAAUAAAUUCCAAGCUGCAGUCUUAGAAGAAUUACAGGAGUUAUCGAAUGAAGCCCUGAGAAGAAUUAUACGAAGAGAUCUUCCAGUGACCCGCACUCUUAUUGACUGGCAGAGGAUACUCUCUGACUUGAAUCUGGUGAUGUAUCCUAAAUUAGGAUACGUAAUUUAUUCAAGAAGUGUGUUAUGCAACUGGAUAAUAUAAAGGAUUGCUCCUGGUAACU